AUAUACCCGUUAAAGCCAUAGUUAAAGCGAGGUGGCCGCUCUCAGGUUUCUCUCUGAUACGACGUAGUGUGGAUCGUGUGUCACCAGCCUAACGGGGAUUCACUAGUUUUAUGAGUUUAUAUCGAAGACAAAGGAGGUAACUCUAUAUCAAGUAUUAUAUAUAGUGAGAGACGAGAAGUGUGUAGAAGUAGAGUGAGAGUCGUAAAGAAAAGACCACAGUAAAGAUAGUAACGGGCUCGUAAAUAACUAUUGUUAUAUCAUAAAUUGUUGGCGAGGGUAUUGUGCUGAAAUUGUGUGUAUAGAUACUUAAAAAAAAAACGUAGCUCCAUUAAAAUUUAUUUCACUCAAUAUAUAUUUUAUUUUUGAAAUAUAUGUGAAUUACGUUGUGAAUUACUAGAAACAUUUUUUUGGUAUAAAGCAGUGUGCAGUUAUUACAAAGAAAUGGGUAAUUCUAAAAGUAAAAGUGAACACAAUAAUUCAAGUACAAACUCGAGGCCAACAGAAUUUCCUAAUUCCAAAGCAAAAGAAAAUUCCUUUCACUCUCCUUUGUAUCAUGAACCACAGGCAAAUACCUCAAAGAUCAAUAAUCCAUAUAAUUAUGGAAUAUACAAAACUGUCAACGAAAAAAAAACACAAGAUUUAUUUCAUGAAUUUGAUAAAUCUCAUAACUUAAUAUAUAAUGACACAGUUAAUAUUCAACCCAAAUUUAUGACAAAGACUUACAUCAUUAAAGAAGAACAUGAUAAUAAAAAUCAAAUAAUUUACUUGAAAAAUAAGUCUGCAAUUGCAACUGCACCACCUACAAUGUCUACAAAAAAUGACUUUAUGACAGAAUGGUUUUCAUGGAAAAAUGAAUUUCUCACAUACAUGAAAUCAAUUGAUCAAACAGAGACAAAUAAACAAACAUGGGGUAUGAUGCUUUUAAAUCGUAUGGGUCCUGUUGGCCAAGAAAUUUCUAGAAGUUUCACAUUUGAUAAGGAUUAUACUGAACAAGAUAUAGAUACAUUGUUAAAAAAAUUUGAUUUCUAUUGUAUAUUUGGAGGUAGAAAAAGAGGAGUUGAUGAAGAUAUUGAUAAAUAUGUCAAUGACUUAAUGGUAAUGGCAUCGAAACAUAUGACUAAUACAGAUAAAGUAGUGAAAGAGAAAAUUCUGAUGGAAAUAGAUAAAAGUAGAUUUAUUAGAAAAGCAGAAAGUUUAAUUUUGGGAUUCUCAUUUCGAUCAAGCAUACAAUCAUUAACUGUAAAAGAGAUGACAUAUAUUUGGAUGUCAUAUGAGAAUGCAAACUUCAAGCGAACUGAAGAAAUCCAAGAAUUUUUAAUUAAAAACUGCCAUAAUUGUGGAAGAACACAUGAAAUAAAUAAUUGUCGUGCUCGUGGAAAACGAUGUAAUAAAUGCGGUAAUGAAAAUCACUAUUGGACAAGAUGUCCAUCUCAAUUUAUUGUUAAUUGCUUAUAUUGUGGUGAAGGUCAUUUUGUCCGAGAAUGUCCUGCUUAUAUGAAUGAAUGUAAUAGAUGUAAUAGAACAAAUCACUUCUCAUGGAAAUGUUCAAUUCCAAAAGUUUUAAAUUGUAAUUACUGUGGUUUAACACAUAUCGCCUCUAAAUCUGCAUGCCCUGCAGUAAAUACUGUAUGCACUAGAUGCAACAGAAGAGGACAUGUACCAAUCAAAUGCUACAAAAAAAAUUGAAUAUAUAUUUAUACAACAAUUUAAGAAUAUCACAGAAUACACUGUGCUUUUUCCAUUGUAAUAUUGGUAAACCAAAAAGUUUGAUAUAAAAAUUUUAUAAAA